AUGAGGUACCAAGGCGUGUUGACAUUCGCCGAGGAAGAGGAACUGGAAAUCAUCGUUAUGGACCACGACAAGUUCUCUGCAGAUGAUCUGUGUGGCAGUUGCACAGUCAAGGUUUCGGAUUUGCAUGAUGGCUGGUAUGGGAAGGUGGAGCUGCAACGGCCAAAGCGCACGAUCGGAGCUUCCAAAGACGACGAGCAGUUGAUGGAGCCAGCAGGGAAGAUCUACUUUGGAGUCCGCUACGACUAUGAGAAGAUCAGCGCGCUCACGAAGCAAGCCAAGCAGCGAGUUUGGCCGAAUCAGGUACUUUUUAAUCUUGGUGGAAACGAAGCCUGGGGUCACGAAACCAUUAUGUUGGGACCGGUCUUCCAAAGGACGCUGGAAGGCGCCGCGAACGCCACAGCAUUCGCUUUGGAGCUCUCGAACUUCCGUAUAAUCGGUGGCUACCAGAGAGGCACCAAUGAGAAGAUCACAUUGCUGAAGACCUCGAAGAAGAGGUUCGUGGACUUUGUCCGCAAAAGCCAACGAGAAAAACAGUUCAUGCAGUCCUGCCGUAUCUCUGCCUUGGACAAGCAAUCGACGGUCAAGGGGAUUAUCAAGGUGCUGAUUGAGCGAUGGGAGACUGAAGAUCAGGCUGAUACCAUGCGGAAAGGCUUGUUCGACACGUCGAAAGUGGAAGAAGCUGUAGACCCCAGCCGCUUCCGGGUCGCUUAUCGUGGCACGAAGGCUCAUAUAUCGGUCCGGAAUGCACUGAAUUUGAGUGGUGGUGGCUGGUUUGACAAGCUCGACCCGUAUGCGAUUAUCAGGUUUCGUGGCAGUAAAUCCGAGUUCAGAACCAGUGUUCUUCAAGAUGCCGGUUCAGAUCCCAUAUGGAACUGUGAAGGGCCUCUGGCGUAUAACGGCGAAGUUGCUUUGGAGAUUUCUGUUUGGGACUAUGACCAUUACAGCUCUGACGAUCUCGUCGGCACCGGAGUUGUUCAGGUGGAGCAGUUCUGCAACGGGUUUGAGGGCAUGGUCCCGCUGAGCCUGCCGUCUGACAAGAAGAAAAAGAAAAAGACCUUAAAGCAGAGCAUGAUCACCAUCGGCAUCUUGUGGGAUGCACCUCAGGACCCAGCCCUUCGACAAAAUGAGCCAGCUCUUGGGAUGACAGCAGGCACGAAAGCUCUCAUGACUUGA